UGUUGUUUGUAUUCUUAUUACUUUUUUCAUUCUUUGAAGCAAUUCAGGUGUUAACUUUGCAAUAAACAUUGGCAGACUGAAAAUUUGCAAAUUGUUUAAUAAAGCUUAAGUCCAUGACUUAUUCUAUAAAUUAAAGUCAAUGAAACAUAACAGACUGUGUAUUCGUAAAGGGUACAUACAGUGCACCUGGUGCAGAAAAUUAAGGGCUGGCGACGUUUAGAAUAUUCAUAUACCCAUAUACCACACAUGCCUCUUCUCUUCAAGUGUGUGACGUGUCGUUUUUUGUUUUUAUUUUUAAAAGUUGAGAAGAAAAGUUCGGUUUGGUUAUUUGUGGUAUAGUUCGACAAGUCACAAUGAGUUUAAGACGUAGGCAAAAUUCCAAGGAGUCACUUUUGAUGCCACAAGACGAUGACGGUGGCCAGCAUGAGAAAACGGAUAUACGUGGCGAUCGAGGAAAUAUUUUGAUUUUACUGCUUCUGUAUAUUUUACAAGGAAUUCCAUUGGGUUUGAUAGCAGCUGUUCCCAUGCUGCUGCAAAAUCGUGGUGCCAGCUACAAACAGCAGGCUGAGUUCUCAUUUGCUUACUGGCCAUUCAGCCUAAAAUUGCUUUGGGCUCCCAUUGUUGAUGCGUGCUAUAUUAAACGAUUUGGACGAAGAAAAUCAUGGCUAGUGCCGUGUCAGUAUUUAAUGGGAAUAUUCAUGUUGUUUCUAUCGUGGCAAGUGGAUCGAUGGCUUGGUGGCAAUGGUGCCGACCCAAAUGUCCCUUUGUUAACGGCCUUAUUCUUCAUGCUGAAUUUUCUGGCGGCCACUCAGGAUAUCGCGGUAGACGGCUGGGCUUUGACCAUGUUGAAGAGAUGUAACGUCGGCUAUGCUUCCACUUGCAACAGUGUGGGUCAAACAGCUGGUUACUUUCUGGGUUAUGUUGCCUUUAUCGCUCUCGAAUCAAAGGACUUUUGCAAUAAUUAUUUACGUGAAACACCUAAAGAUGUAGGAAUGGUUACAUUGCCCGAAUUCUUAUGGUUCUGGGCAUGGUGUUUCCUUGUGGUCACUACCCUCAUAGCCAUAUUAAAGAAGGAAAACCUGCCCAAAUAUAAAGAUGAUGGAUCACGCUAUACCGAAGAGCACGAAAUGAAUGUUUAUGAAAGCUAUAAGAUUCUCCUUGACAUGGUGCGUAUGCGUCCCGUACAAAUACUAGCUGGCAUACUGCUAACAGUAAAAGUAACUUUUGCGGCCUGUGACGCUGUAACUUCUCUCAAGCUCAUUGAUGCUGGAGUGCCUAAAGAGAAGCUGGCUUUGUUGGCUGUACCCAUUAUACCUCUGCAAAUAAUACUACCUUUGGUGGUAAGUCGUUACACCAAUGGUCCAAGACCGAUGGAGGUAUACGUUAAGGCUAUUCCAUAUCGCAUUGUUUUUGCGGGAAUUGCAACGAUUAUUGCCUAUUUGACACCAUACAUGAUCUCUGGCGGGGAAGUGCCCUUAUACUAUUACGUCCUUUUGGUGGUGAAUUACGGCAUAUAUCAGAUAUUCCUGUAUUGUAUGUUUGUGGCUAUAAUGGCAUUCUUUGCUAAAAUCUCCGAUCCGGCUGUUGGUGGUACUUACAUGACAUUUCUCAAUACUCUAUCGAAUUUGGGUGGGAAUUGGGCCAACACCGCUAUCUUAUGGCUGGUAGAUGUGCUUACAUGGAAGGAAUGCGUUAUUGUGAACGGGGAAGAAAUUGCAGAUAACAAGUGCUUAAACAAACAGCAGACACAGGAAUGCACCGCAGCUGGUGGUGAAUGUGAAAUUGUAUUCGACGGUUAUUAUAUCGAGUCUAUUGUGUGUCUCGUCUACGGUGUCAUUUGGCUACUUUGUUUGCGCAAAUGGAUAAACUACCUACAGAGUCUACCAAACAAUUCCUGGCUAGUGGUUAAAACUAACAAAUCCUCAAACAUGCACAAAAAAAGUUAGCAACUAAUAGUUUGACAAAGAGGCUAAAUUGUUAUACAAAAUUAGAAUGAAAUUAAAGCGAAAGAUUUCUUAUAUUCUAUAAGUUGCCUGUAUAUGUUUUGUAUAUUUUAACAAAAUCGUGUUUUUCUUUAAAGACAUUUUUAUGUUUAAAAAGCUGAAUUAUUGUAUUCCAGUGCCCAAGCCACAAAAACCCAGCAAUGUAGCAUUUUUUCCCUACUUUUGCUUGUUAUUCCCCCACCCAAUAGCUUUAUUUGCUAUUGUUUAUAUGUAUGUAUUGUUUUAUAUAUAUAUAUAUUAAAUUAUUCUUUUGUUGUAAUUUAUAUUUAAGAAUUUGCGAAAUAAUAAAGAAGAGAAGUAGAUGAA